AUGGAUAGUUUAGAUGUUCUAUCCAUACUGGAAGAUCCAGUCAAAUUCAAAUCAAUAACAUCAAAUCCUGAAGACUUAGAAAAAUUUAGGAUCAUUGCCCUUGAGAAAUUCACUCAUAAUGAAGAACAAAUUGCUAAAAAUAUUGGAACUUUUCAAAGAUCAAAAGAAGCUUUAACUGAAAUUGGUAAUGUUCUUAUAGCUGUUGCUAUGGGUGAUUUAACUAAAACUGUUGAUGUUGAUAAUGAACAAGAUCCAGAAUUAUUAAAAGUUAAAAUCACAAUAAAUACAAUGGUUACACAAUUAAAUAAUUAUGCUGAUGAAGUUAUCAAGAUUGCUACUGAAGUUGCUCAUGGUGAAUUAGGUGGUCAAGUUAAAAGUGCUGGCACUGUGGGUAUAUGGAGAGUCCUAAGUGAUAAUUUAAAUGUAAUGGCUUUGAAUUUAACAAAUCAAGUUAGAGAAAUUGCAGAUGUUGUUAGAGCUGUGGCUGGAGGUGAUUUAUCUAAAAAAAUCAAUGUUCAUGCCCAGGGUGAAAUCUUGGAAUUACAAAAUAUUAUAAAUACAAUGGUUGAUCAAUUGAAAACAUUUGCCUUUGAAGUUACAAGAGUUUCAAGAGAAACUGGUGUCGAAGGUAGAUUAGGUGGUCAAGCUAUUGUUGUUGGUGCAAAAGGUAUAUGGAAAGAAUUAACGGAUAAUGUAAAUGCAAUGGCUACAAAUUUAACAAAUCAAGUUCGUAAUAUUGCAAACGUUACUACAGCAGUGGCAAAAGGUGAUUUAUCUAAAAAAGUUACUGCAGAUUGUAAAGGUGAAAUUCUGGAUUUAAAAUCUACUAUAAAUCAAAUGGUGGAUUCUCUACAAACUUUUGCUAUGGAAGUUACAUCAUUAGCUACAGAUGUUGGUAUAAAGGGUAUAUUAGGUGGUCAAGCGGUUGUUAAUGGAGUCGAAGGUGCAUGGAAAGACUUGACUGAUAAUGUUAAUGCAAUGGCUACAAAUUUAACAAAUCAAGUUAGAUCAAUUGCAGCAGUUACUACAGCAGUUGCUCAUGGUGAUUUAUCACAAAAAAUUGAUGUUGUUGCUCAAGGUGAAAUUUUAGAAUUAAAAUCCACUAUAAAUAAGAUGGUUGAUUCUUUACAAGUUUUCGUUAGUGAAGUUACUCGUGUGGCAAAAGACGUUGGUAUUGAUGGUAAAUUAGGUGUCCAAGCUCAAGUUUCUGAUGUUGAUGGGUUAUGGAAAGAAAUUAUAACAAAUGUUAAUGUAAUGGCUGCUAAUUUAACUUCACAAGUUCGUGCUUUCGCUCAAAUUACUGCAGCUGCAACUGAUGGUGAUUUUACAAAAUUUAUUACUGUGGAGGCAAGUGGUGAAAUGGAUACUUUAAAGACUAAAAUUAAUCAAAUGGUUUUCAAUUUAAGAGAAUCAAUUAAGAGAAAUACAGCGGCAAGAGAAGCUGCUGAAUUAGCAAAUAGUGCAAAAUCUGAAUUCUUGGGUAUUUUUUCACAUGAAUUAAGAACCCCUUUCAAUGGUAUUUUAAAUUAUACUCAAUUAACUUUAGAUACUGAAUUAACUCAAUAUCAAAGAGAAAUGUUAUCAACUGUUCAUAAUUUAGCAAAUUCUUUAUUAACAAUUAUUAAUGAUAUUUUGGAUAUUUCCAAGAUUGAAGCAAAUAGAAUGACUGUGGAAGAAGCUGAAUUUUCAUUAAGAGGUACCGUGUUCGGUGCAUUGAAGACUCUUGCAGUUAAAUCAAUUGAAAAGCCAUUAGAUUUAAUUUAUGAAGUUGAUUCAUCAUUCCCAGAUUCAAUCAUUGGUGAUUCUUUUAGAUUAAGACAAGUUAUAUUAAAUUUAGUUGGUAAUGCUAUAAAAUUCACUUCAAAAGGUCAUGUUAAAUUAAGUGUUAAAAAAGCUACAGAUCCUUUAGAUACUCAAAUUUCUAAAACAAUUGAAAAUAAUAAUUAUGUUAUUGGUACAAAUAGUGGUAAUUUAAUUAAUGAUUCUGCUCCACAAAUUAAAAAAGAUAGUACUUUAGUAUUAGAAUUUUGUGUUUCAGAUACUGGUAUUGGUAUUAAAAAGGAAAAAUUAGAUUUAAUUUUUGAAACUUUUACACAAGCUGAUGGUUCAACAACAAGAAAAUUUGGUGGUACAGGAUUAGGUUUAUCAAUUUCAAAAAAAUUAAUUCAUUUAAUGGGUGGUGAAAUUUGGGUUAUUAGUGCAUUUAGAGAAGGUUCAAAAUUUUAUUUUACGAUUGCAACAUCACCUGCUAAAAUUAAUUUUGUUAAACAGUCAGAUGCAUUAUUAACUUUUAAUUUACAUCAAAUUUUAUUUAUAUCAACAAAUUUUAGUGAUGAAGAAUCUGAAAAAAUUAGAAAAGAUUUAACAGAAUUAAAUUUAAGACCAACUGUGGUUCAUGAUAUUGCAGAAGUUAAAAGUGAAGAUCAAUCAAAAUUUGAUACCAUUAUUAUUGAUAGUAUUGAAAUUGGUAAAUCAUUAAGAGAAUUACCAGAAAUUAAAUAUAUUCCAUUUGUUUUAUUAAAUCCAAUGAUUGAAGGUUUAAAUAUGAAGAUUUGUUUAGAUUUAGGUAUUCAAUCGUAUGGUAAUACACCAUGUUCAUUAGCUGAUUUAGCUGGUUAUCUAAAACCUGCAUUAGAAUCAAGAAUUGUUCCAAGUGAUGAUAAUACACCACAAUCUUAUACAAUUUUAUUAGCUGAAGAUAAUUUAGUUAAUCAAAAAUUAGCUGUAAGAAUCUUGGAAAAAUAUGGUCAUCAAGUUUCUGUUGUUAAAAAUGGUCUUGAAGCUUUUGAAGAAGUUAAAAAAAAACGUUAUGAUGUUGUAUUAAUGGAUGUUCAAAUGCCAAUAAUGGGAGGUUUUGAAGCAACUGAAAAAAUUAGAUUAUGGGAAAAAGAAGUUAAUCCAUUAGAUCCAUUUAGUGUAAGAUUACCAAUUAUUGCAUUAACUGCUCAUGCAAUGUUGGGAGAUCGUGAAAGAUGUUUAGAAAAUCAAAUGGAUGAAUAUAUUUCAAAACCUUUGAAACCAAAUUUAUUAGUUCAAACAAUUGCUAAAACAAUUCAUCAUAUUUCAAAAUUAAAAGAAUUAAGUGCAUCAAAUCCAACAAAAUUUCAAUCAUUAACUAAAGAUGGUCAAUAA